UGCGCGAGUGGCCUAGCCCCCGAAGGGGCGGGCCAGCGGCCUCUGCUCAUGCCCAGUGAGCGCGCAGUGCCGGCGGCGGCAGUGGCAGUCAUGGCGGUUCGGUGCGUGAGGCUGGCGCGGUGUAGUAUCCCGGCUUUGGCGUUGUCUCUCAGGCCCUCUCCUCGGCUGCUGUGCACAGCUACAAAACAGAAGAACAGUGGCCAGAAUUUGGAAGAGGAUGUGGGUCCCAAUGGACAGAAGACAGAUCCUCCCUCUGCAGAGAAGACGCUCAUAGAAGAGAAGGUCAAGUUGGAAGAGCAGCUGAAGGAGACCAUGGAAAAAUAUAAGCGAGCUUUGGCUGAUACUGAGAACUUACGGCAGAGGAGCCAAAAAUUGGUGGAGGAGGCAAAACUAUAUGGCAUCCAGGGCUUCUGCAAGGACUUGCUGGAGGUUGCAGACAUCUUGGAGAAGGCAACAGAGUCAGUUCCCAAGGAGGAGAUCAGAGACGACAACCCCCACCUGAAGCACCUCUACGAGGGGCUCCUGAUGACAGAGGUCCAGAUCCAGAAAGUGUUCAGCAAGCACGGCCUUCUCCGCCUGAACCCCCUGGGGGCCAGGUUCGACCCGUACGAGCACGAGGCCCUGUUCCACACGCCGGUGGAGGGCAAGGAGCCCGGCACCGUGGCGCUGGUCAGCAAAGUGGGCUACAAGCUGCACGGGCGCACGCUGAGGCCCGCCCUGGUGGGCGUGGUCAAGGAGGCCUAGCGCCGCCCACUGCCGCACUUACGAGGCCCUUCAUCUUUUCUCGUCUCUGAAUACUUUUGACCUUUUCCUAAACCUUGUCAGAAGCCCUUAGUAACCAGUGGCUCGACAGAAAAUUAAGCAAGUUGCGUUAAUGAACUCUUAAUUCGGGAGUUCGUUCGUUGAUUUUUACUGUCACUAGGUCCUCGGGCUUACAGAGCAGGGCGACGGGACUCGACGGGACUGUAGGGUGUCAGGAAAACCUCUGUCUACUCACACUCUGGUGACGCCAUGUUUUAAAUGAAUAAAGGUCUGCGCGGA